AUGGAGGUGAGAGACGGAGACACCUGCCCUCCCCCUCACCCCCAAGGCCUGAGGGAGGGAUUUGAGCCUAAAGUAGCGUUCCGUGGAGGUGCGAAUCGCUGCUGGAACCUCACUGUCGACACCAGCAGCAGAUUAUCUGAUGUAUUCAACAGCGUGAUGUUGACUGGCUCCACUUCCUUCUAUGAUUGCUACAAAUCGCAGAAUGAAGACAAUAUAGACCUAAGGCAGACCUACACUCCACUUUCUUCAUCCACAGAAUAUGCAAGUUCUAUAGAUUCUUCACUUUUCUAUGCACCAUGGUCUACUUAUGGAGAUGAUAUUAAACAAUCUUCUAAUUCCCAGAUCAAUGUAAAGAACAGGAUUCAAACCGAAAGAAAUGACUAUGGCAGUGAAACAGACUUAUAUGGACUUGUGUCUAAUAUUCUGGAAGAACAAGAUAAGUCACAGCCAUAUUUUGCUGAAGGGACCUGCUCGACCAAUUUAAAGUCAGUUUGGCCAAUGAWCACAAGCAGAUUUGUAGAUCACCAUGAUCUCUUGACAGAAACCAAAAGGCCAAUAGAUACAGCUAUCUCUCAGCAAGCCUUUUAUAGUGGUGAAUCUGUGUCAGCAGUGGAAAAGCAAUACUUGCAUAAUAGUAAUCUCACACCACAACAAAAAAUAGAUGAACUUUAUCAUGGAUUUACUGGAUUAGACCUUGAAGAACAAUGGAUAUACCCCUCAAGAAGUGAUCAUUCUAACUGUUACAAUAUUCAGACAAAUGAUACAGCUAAGGCAACAUUCCAAGAAUAUCCAUUUAUCAAAAACUGUUUUACACCACAAACUGGUCUGUCUGAUAUCAUGAAAGAAUCAGGAAUUGAUACUUACCCUUAUGGAAGAGAGAAAAUAUGUGCUAAAGGUCUUGAAGCACCAUUACAACAAAAAAGAGUAGAGAUAUUUCUUUCCCUAUUUAAUAGAUAAAAUGAAAAUGCAGAUUAUUGUAGAUACCCAGAAUAUGCUCAUCCUAACAAGGCUAAGCUUAAUAAAUGUUCAAAUUUUAGUGUCCAGGAUGGUAAAAAAUUAGCCAAUGGCACACCCGAAACACCAACUGUAGAAGCAGAUAGUGGACAUUAUGAUCCUGAGGAAGGUCCAAAGCAUUUAGAUGGCUUAUCUCAAAACACAUAUCAAGAUCUAUUGGAGUCACAGGGUCAUUUUAAUAGCCACCGACAAGGAAGUGGAGAGCAUAUUAAUAGCCGUGUGAAUCGCACACAGGCAUCAUGCUUUUCUAAUAAUUAUAUGAUGGGAGAUUUAAGGCAUAAUCAGGGUUUUCAACAACUUGGUUCAAAUGGGUUUCCCCUAAGAUCCACCCACCCAUUUGGCCAUUCAGUUGUUCCACUGUUGGAUUCCUAUGAUUUGUUUUCUUAUGAUGACUUAAGCCAUUUAUACCCUUAUUUUAAUGAUAUGAUGUAUGGUGAUAAUUCCUUUUCUGGUUUCGUGCCAACUUUURGAUUUCAAAGACCAAUUAAAACUCGAAGUGGACCAGCCAGUGAACUUCAUAUUCGUCUAGAAGAGUGCUAUGAACAAUGGAGAGCAUUAGAAAAGGAGAGAAAAAAGACUGAAUUAGCUCUUGCCAAGAAUUAUCCAGGGAAAAAAGUAUCCAGUACUAACAAUACUCCAAUUCCAAGGCUGACCUCCAACCCAUCUAGAGUUGAUCGCUUAAUUGUGGAUGAACUUCGAGAACAAGCCAGAGUUGUGACUUUACUAGGCAAAAUGGAACGUCUUCGAAGCUCUCCCCUUCAUGCCAAUAUCUCUACUGCUCUUGAUAGACACUUGGAAUCCAUUCACAUUGUACAGUCACGUAGAAAGGAUGAAAUUGUUAAUGCUUCAAAUCGGCAAAGGCAAGGAGUGCCUAGAUGCCAAGAUGAAAGAGGUACAAAUAUUAAUGCAGAUUAUUUUUACAAGGCUAUGUGA